AUGCGAACUGUACUACCAGUUCACAGGUUUGUGCGAACGGUUUACCUACCUGCGCGCCGGCUAGUAAAGGCAAAUGUAGGGGCGCAAAAGAUAGCACCAGCAGCCAGUUCUGCGAUUCUGCCGAAGGACCUAGACAUUGAUAUACGAGGUAUCGAAGAUCCAAAAGUCUUAGAGAUGAAAGUGAAACAAUUACAAGAGUUUACUAGAAAUAUAAAGACUGAGAUAAAGCGUCGAGCGAAGCAAAAACACACUGAAGAGCAACCUCUCGAGCUCAGCAACAAUGAAGAUAUUUCAGCUGUAUUUAAUGCAGUUGUAAAUACUCCAAAGAAAGCUGAUUCUAUCGGAAAAGGGAUCACUGAAAAGUUGAUGGAGAAUACUGUCGAUCAGAUCAUCGAUAAUGUGGUACCGAAGGCGAUACAGGAACGAAUUGCUGACAAAUCUUUAAUGGUCAGAGCGCUAGUGCGUACAUCGGUUCAUACCCCUAUUGAAUCCAAUAUGCUUGUUAAAAAAUUAGCAGAAUCCGAGAUGAGACUAAAAGGUUUGCCGCAAGAAGAUAUUCGUACAUUUUUAAAGAAAAGUAUAAAGAAUCUAAACUUCACCAACAUUUUAGAAUUGGAUAAAAUGCUCUUGGAAUAUGUUGGAAAUGACAUAAGCAAAUUCUCUGAUAACAUGUACAAGUGCCUAUUUUCUAACCUGUCAAAACUAAAUGCCCAAAGCACACAACAUAGUAAAGAUGAUCUUGUGAUUAAAAUGUUCAACAAAUUAUUGAAAAGGUAUGAUACGAAUCUGAACACUACAAACGCAAAUGUUUGGAAUGAAAAGAUGACUAACGUCAUAUUAUCUUACUGCAUUAAUUAUAGUAUCAAAUUGAAAGACUUUGAAAUCACCGAUAAAUUUGUCUCGAAAUUUAAGAAUGAUUACAAACUACUACCUGAUAAACAAAAUUAUACAAGUAUAAUACACUUCUAUUCGAAGCUGGGACUCAGUGAUAAAGCCUGGGAUACCUUUGAUACCAUGAAGUUUCUAUCGAGAUCUCAUGCACCUGAUACAAAAGCUUAUAACAGUGUUUUGAUGCUAUGUAAACAAGAAAAAGACUUCAGAAAGACAAUUGACCUAUAUCAUGAAAUGGUUGACAAGAAAGUGCCAAUGGAUGCUAGAACUUAUACAACUAUGAUUCAUACAUUAGCGGCUGCUAGUACAGAUUCUUAUACUAGUGAGGGUAAGUCUGAUUCACUCCGGAUAUUGGGUUGGAAACUGAUCAAUGAGCUUUCAAAGAAUUUGCAAUAUGAUGUUAUGAAAAACAAACAUAUACUGAUUUCGAUGCUCUCAUUAUCUGCAUAUGAUGGUGAUCUGGGUAUGGCAAGAGCGUUGUAUUACAAGAUUUUCCAUCAAAAGUCCGACGAACUUUAUGCCACAAUGAAUCCAGCUCAAUUAGAAAAUCUCUCAGCAAAAGAUAUUUUGUCAUACGUGUUGGAUCCGAAAGUACUGAAUUAUUUGCUUCUAGCGUACUCAAGAUAUGAUAAGGGACGCUUACCAUUAAUUUUAGCGAACGAUGAGGGUUCUACAUUGAGAAGAAAUGUUAUCAAUGCUGUUGAUUUUGGAGGGCAUUCAUCAGAGAUGUCUGCACUUGAGUUGGCGAAUAAAAUCACAAUACCAUUUUUGCCAUAUUCAGAAAUUUCUGAAAACUGGCAAAUAAUUGCGGAAUCAAGAGCGCUAUGGUUGUUUAACCUUGAAUAUGGUGGCAUUACUGAUAUUUCCCUCACAUCAUCAAUACAAGAAAAUGCGAUGAUUUAUAGAGACCAAGCCAUAGAUAUUAAUGAAUUCAAGUUAAAGAUUAUGAAUGACUUGAUCGAAUGGAAGACCGAAAACCUGAACAACACAGUUUUAAAUCCAACCCUUUUACAGACGUUUUUAACAAUUCCUUUAAAAAGUGGUAAUAGAGAAGAAUUUUACAGUAGAUUGAAUGCCUUUACAUUUCAGCAACAUAACUUAAACUCCGUGAUGGAAAAGUUUUAUGAAUAUAAACCAGAGUCAGAGGAAUAUAAUGAUUGCCUCAAAUAUUUUGAGAGUCUGAAAAGAAAAAUUCUAAUGUCGAAUAGUCACUACGAUCUUGUUAUGAAGGCUGCUACUAAAUUUGGAGAUAUUGACGCUGCCAAUCAAGUUUGGAAAGAUAGAGGUGAGUACAGGAAAACUACCAGCUUUGCUAAGCUACCUACCAAGGAUAGAAUUAUUAGUGAUUCUAACUUUGCAAAGCUUAUGGUUGAGUUUUUUGUUUCUCAGAGGCUAUAUUCUGAUGCUAUGGCCGUUGUUUUAUCCUCCAAAAAUUUUAUCAAAUGGGACUACUCAAUGGUUAAAUCUCUACACCAUGGCCUGAUUGAAGCUGAAGAUAUUAUAAAUAUUGAAAAAUUGCUUGACGUUGUCAACCGUAGCAAAGGUACAAAGAAAGCAGUUGAUGUCAUUAAUGAACAAAUCGAGGAACUCAAGUUAUCCUAA